AUAGCGGACAGGGUGUUUGACAUCACCAGAACAUUUCCUCUCGCUUUGGAUGUUGGCUCUGGAAGAGGUUACAUAGCUCAACAUUUAACCAAGGAAACCAUUGAAAAACUUAUUCAAGUUGAUAUUGCAGAGAAUGCUUUAAAGAAUGCUGUAGAAUCUGAAAUCCCUACGGUCAAGGUUGUAGCUGAUGAGGAAUUCCUUCCUUUCAAAGAAGAUACGUUUGAUCUUGUUAUUAGCAGCUUAAGUUUGCAUUGGGUGAAUGACCUUCCUAAAGCUUUUAGAGAGAUUCACCAAGUGCUUAAGCCAGAUGGAGUAUUCAUUGGUGCCAUGCUGGGAGGAGACACUCUGUAUGAGCUUCGCUGCUCUUUGCAGCUAGCAGAAUUGGAGAGGGAAGGGGGAUUUUCUCCUCACGUAUCACCGUUCACUGCUGUCUCUGAUUUGGGACAUCUGCUGUCGAGAGCUGGCUUUAACACCCUGACUGUGGAUACUGAUGAAAUUCAAGUCAACUACCCAGGGUUGUUUGAGGUUAUGGAAGACUUGCAAGGUAUGGGGGAAAGUAAUUGCUCUUGGAAUAGAAAACCGCUGCUACACAGGGAGACAAUGUUGGCAGCUGCUGCAAUAUAUCGAGAAAUGUAUGGAAAUAGCGAUGGCUCAGUGCCUGCCACGUUUCAGAUCUACUACAUGAUUGGCUGGAAGUUCCAUGAAUCACAGGCAAGACCAGCGCAGAGAGGUUCUGCAACAGUUUCAUUUGGAGAUCUGGCAAAAAUAGGUGGAAUUCUUUCAAGAGGAAAGAAAUAG